AAAAUAUUAGAAAGUGCAAUCUUAUUUCAUGUAUUUAGCUCUUUUGGAAAAACAAAGUUUACUUGAAGGAGUCUUGGUAACAACAAUAACAACAUUACCCCUAUUUCAUAUAUAACAUUCUUUUUGACUAAAAGUUUGAAUUAAUUAUUCUUACGAAAUCUAUAAAAUGAUUCGGUAAAUAAAAAGCCAAACUUUCAUUAUGUUAUCGACAGAGUUGAAUCAACGAAGGACGAAAUUUUAAGUAGUGGCAAAACGCUAAGGUGCAAGAGAAGAAUUGCUUGAUACUAUAAGGACUUGUUUGUAAGUAAGAGAAUUCUCGAUCAAAGACAGCACCGACACCGCUACGCCAUUUCUUCCCAAAUUGAUUUGCUGAACACAUGGCUCUACGAACCCUCGCGACUGGUAAAACCCUAGGUGCGAUAUCCAGGUUUCAGCAACAUGUGCGUGGAUUGCAGACGUUCACGCUUCCCGAUCUUUCCUACGAUUAUGGCGCACUGGAGCCGGCGAUUAGCGGAGAUAUCAUGCAGCUCCAUCACCAGAAACACCACCAGACUUACAUAACCAACUACAAUAAAGCUAUCGAGCAGCUCGACGAUGCUAUCACCAAGGGAGAUGCUUCAACUGCUGUCAAAUUGCAGAGCGCUAUUAAGUUCAAUGGCGGAGGUCAUGUAAAUCACUCAAUUUUUUGGAAGAAUCUCGCUCCCACCAGUGAAGGAGGUGGCGAGCCACCACAUGGUUCUUUGGGCUCGGCUAUCAACCAGAGCUUUAGCUCUGUGGAAAAAUUGAUUGCUAAAAUGAAUGCAGAAGGUGCUGCUGUGCAAGGUUCUGGAUGGGUGUGGCUUGCUGUUGACAAAGAGUUGAAGAGGCUUGUGGUUGAAACCACAUCAAAUCAGGACCCACUGGUUACAAAAGGUCCAAGUUUGGUUCCUUUGAUUGGCAUAGAUGUUUGGGAGCAUGCAUACUACUUACAGCUCUACUCACUCCCUGAACCAAAACACACUACUAGAAACAACAACAUUUUACGACGUGCAAUGUGUGUAAGAAAACGGUCAUACGACGCGCAAACGCGUGUCAAGGAAGGCCCUGUAAUAAUGAGAGACGACAUGCAUUUACGACGCGCAAUGCGUAUCAAGGAAGUCCCUGUCAUAAAGGAAGACGACACGCAUUUGCGUUUCGUAACCUUACGACGCAUGUUUAGGACACGAAUUGCGUACCAAUAA